CUACCGCACGGCAUCUACAAAAGAUAUCAUCAUCAGUUAACAUACGUGGUUUUGAACUUGGUCUUGAAGUCUAUGUUGUUUCUUUCAAUUCAGGCAUUGAUGUUGCAAAUGGUGUCUCCCGUUUCUGGGAAUCUUUUGCCCUCAAGAUGCAAGCUGUAUAUCCUAAUCGAUUCUCUUUUGAUCAGAAUCAGUCAGUAACGUCAGCCGUGUUUGAGUCAUUUUUCCGGAGAACAGCCAGCUCAUUGCCUGUAGUUCUACUGAUUGAUGAAGGCUCUUUCUUAGUUAACUGUGAUGUUGCAAUUGUUGAUGAUUUCACUGGAAUAUUAUGUCUUCUUAGGGAUGGUCAUCUUCUGGUUCCUCGACAGUUACCCAAAUCAAUUGGUAGAAUCUCACCAUUUACACGGGAGGCAACCAUUAUACCAGGCCGUUUUAUUGAAGCUGACAUACAGAUGCUUCUGGAUGAAUAUAUGAAUGAAGCCUCAAUUGAACUGGAUUCAGCUGCCUUUGCUCAGGAUAUUUACCAGCGUACUCUGGGACACAAAGGGCUAGUCGGCACCUGCUGUGCAGCAAUUGAAAAGAAAAUUGCGCUAGGGAAACACUCUGUAUCUAUUGAUGAAUGGGAGUUGUAUGCUGUUGCCAAUCUUCUUAGAUAUGUAUGUGAACAAGAUACAUAUGCAUCUAUUAUUCAAGCCUUAAGACAACUCUCAGAGAAACAGAGAGAAAUUGUUGGACUAACUCUGCACUAUGGAUCAGUUGUAGUUAAAGAGUGUGAUGAAUUAAAAUUUCUUCUGGCUGAGGGGAUUGUAAGAGUUCAAGAGAAUCAAGAAGUAUCACAAAUUGCACCAGUGCAUAUGAUCAUUGAGUGUGCUGCACCAUUACUGCGUUCUAUUAUGAUUUCACAGUUGUGUGGGCCUGAAAUUGAAAUUGGGUUGGCACCAGAUCCACAUAAAGUUUGUCCUCAAUGGCUUAUUGCACGUACUAUUGAAAAUCUUGGUAUCCAGCAUAUUUUUGCUAAACAGACACUCAAUGCUGAUGGCCAGCCAUCAGAGUAUGCAUUCCAAGUUGAAGUUGCUGCCAUUUUUAAACAAUUACUUUCCAAGGCUUAUCCUACAUUGAUGUAUCAUGUUCUCCCUGAGGCUAAAGAGUAUGAUGAAGAUAGCACUCGGUGUAAGCAACUGGAUAUUCUUGUUCACAAUAUAAAUAGUGGUUUCCCAGCUUAUGGUUAUGAACUUCUUGUCAAUGCAAACAAAGACAUUUUCAAUAAGCAUUGUGAACAAGCCUACAAUUAUGGUAGGAUUCAUCAAUGCUCUAUGAUGGUAGUUCAUUUUAGUGAAAGUGGGAAACUUGCAAUGUACUUUGGACCCAAUUAUGAGAAUGUGACAGUGAUGCAUGUUGUCUAUGAUGCAAUGCAAAAUAAUGCAAGAUUGAUAUACCAAGAUGGAGAGGAAUUGGUUCACAUCAAAGGCAUUGAUUGGAAAGUGAUGUUCAUAUAG